AUGAAAAGGUUGUCAAAAAAGACAGUACUUCUUAUUAAAACACAGCUCAGUGAAAUAGAAAGAAAAAAUAAUGACCCAAUCACAGACGAACUAUUAAGGAGAGUUGUUGAACAGAUUCGUGAAGGCUUACUAACACAGUCACUUGAUGAAUUAAUUAUUUGUUGUUCAACUCUUCAAGGAGAAGUAAAAAUAAAAGAACUAAAAAUUAAAAAAUUUAUAAAUGGAUUAAAUGGAGAAGAUACUAAAAAAUAUGAAGAUAAAAUAAUAUUAUUAAUGAAAGUCCGAAAAUCCAUUUCAUCAAUUCUUCAACAACUCAAUUUUCAAAAAAAAGUAAUUCUUACACAAACAACACUCUGUUAA